AUGGGUGAGGUCAUCAGGAAAGCAGCCGCGCCGGCCGGGGAGGGGAGUUAUAAAAAGGCCCAGAAGAAUGAGCGGGAGUCCAUCAGGCAGAAGUUGGCUCUGGGCAGUUUCUUCGACGAUGGCCCAGGACUUUACACCAGCUGCAGCAAGAGCGGCAAGCCGAGCCUCUCCUCCCGAUUACAAAGUGGGAUGAACCUGCAGAUUUGCUUUGUGAACGACAGCGGCAGCGACAAGGACAGCGAUGCCGAUGACAGCAAGACAGAAACCAGCCUGGACACGCCGUUGUCGCCCAUGAGCAAGCAGAGCUCAUCCUACUCCGACAGAGACACAACGGAGGAAGAGUCAGAGUCCCUUGAUGACAUGGACUUCCUCACCAGGCAAAAGAAACUCCAAGCUGAAGCCAAAAUGGCCUUGGCUAUGGCAAAGCCCAUGGCCAAAAUGCAGGUUGAGGUGGAAAAGCAGAACAGGAAGAAAUCGCCGGUAGCAGAUCUUCUGCCACAUAUGCCUCAUAUAAGUGAAUGCCUGAUGAAGAGAAGUUUAAAACCCACCGAUCUAAGAGACAUGACUAUCGGGCAGCUACAAGUGAUAGUCAAUGAUCUCCACUCACAGAUAGAAAGCUUGAACGAGGAGCUGGUGCAGCUGCUGCUCAUUCGGGACGAGCUGCACACGGAGCAGGACGCCAUGCUGGUGGACAUCGAGGACCUGACCAGACACGCCGAAAGUCAGCAGAAGCACAUGGCAGAGAAGAUGCCGGCAAAAUGAACCCCGGAGCCCCGGGAGCAGAGCUCGAGCGAGACUUCAUUUUGCUUCUGUGUGUGUCCAAGCGCUGAUGUCCACGGUGGCGCACGAGAAAAACCAGUGUUAGUCAUUGACCAUGUCUGAAGCUUUAUGUCCGGUGAUUGGCCUCUGCUUCUUAAUUUAUUUUAAUUUUUUUACUCGUGCCACUAAAUAUCAGGCAUUUUAAUAAUAUUAUUACAAAAAAUGUACAGUACUUAUAACAUUAUAAAUCAUGGGUGAGAAGAGAGGGUAGUUUAACUUUAUUUUUGUUUGUUUAGAGAUUUUCAGUUGAACGAUAUUUUACCAUUGACUACUUUUUUAUUCUUCACUGUAGUUUUAAAAUAAAGAAACUGUACUUGACGGUGCUAUACAAGUCAAAAAAAAAAAAAUACAUGCCUGCCUCGUAGUGAAGUUGUAGCUUUCAGUAAUAUGUAUAUUUUAAUCAGUUUUCAACAUUUUGUGAAUGUUGACUACCUGACAUUCAUUUUUAGAUGUGCUAUUAACAUUCGGUUGGAUUCAGAGAGUUACCUUGAAAGUUUUAUGUAUAAAUAUGUAAAAUAAAAAUUUAAAAAAUUGUUUCAUAUGAUACGUCUUUUUGUUGCCUAGUGGUUGACU